AUGAGAUUCUCUGGAUUCAUCUCUGGCCUCAGCCUUGGUCUCUUGACUGCUGUAUAUGCCAGUCCAGCUGCCUUUCCUGCUCCGGCCUCGAUUCCUGACCCUAUACCUGCACCUGUCGCACCAGCUUCACCAGCUAUUGAAGAGCGAGCAGCCAAAGUCACAGUUGCCGUUCCUUCCGGUACAGUCGUUGGAUCCAGCUCGGGAAAGGUUGAUUCCUUCAGAGGUAUUCCUUUCGCCGAUCCACCAACUGGCUCUCUACGUCUCAGACCUCCCAAGAGACUAUCCAAGGCUCUGGGAACUUUCGACGCUUCGGGACUCAGUGCUGCAGCAUGUCCUCAGAUGUUCAUCUCGAGUGGAGGUCAAAGUGUUAUCACAGAGUUCCUCUCUGACUUUCUGGCUAUCCCCUUCCUCACACCCAUCACUGGCCAAGAGGACUGCCUCACCAUAACCGUCCAGCGCCCUGCUGGCACCAAAGCUGGCGACAAGCUUCCUGUUCUCUUCUGGAUCUUUGGCGGCGGCUUCGAGUUGGGCUCGAGUGCUAUGUAUGACGGCACAAGCCUCUUGUCUACUGCCAUAGAUCAAAGUCAGCCUUUUAUCUACGUUGCUGUCAACUACCGAGUCGCCGGCUUCGGAUUCAUGCCCGGUGCUGAGAUCAAGAAGGACGGAAGCUCCAACCUGGGUCUACUCGACCAGCGCAUGGGUCUCGAGUGGGUUGCUGACAAUAUUGCUUCCUUUGGUGGUGAUCCUGAAAAGGUCACUAUCUGGGGAGAGUCUGCGGGUUCCAUCUCCGUUCUUGAUCAGAUGGUUCUCUACGGUGGUGAUGCCAGUUACAAGGGCAAGUCUCUUUUCCGAGGUGCCAUCAUGAACUCUGGCACUAUUGUCCCAGCUGAGCCUGUGGAUAGUGACAAGGCACAGUCUAUCUACGACACUGUUGUCAAGACAGGAGGCUGCUCUGGUGCUUCUGAUACUCUGGAAUGUCUACGUGGUCUGAGCUAUGACAAGUUCCUAAACGCUGCAAACUCGGUCCCAGGACUUCUGUCGUACAACUCACUGGCUUUGUCCUAUCUUCCUCGGCCAGACGGCAAGGUUCUGCCCAAAAGCCCCGACGUGCUUAUUGCAACGGGACAAUACCACGCAGUACCCAUGAUCACCGGAUGCCAGGAGGACGAAGGAACCCUCUUUGCACUAUUCCAACCCAACGUGACUACUACAUCCAGGUUGGUCGAAUACCUGCAGAACCUGUACUUUACACAGGCCACAAAGCAACAGGUCACUGCUCUGGUAAACACGUAUCCCACCACCCUCAGCACAGGCAGUCCCUACCGAACAGCCCUACUCAACGAAAUCUUCCCCGGCUUCAAGCGCCGCGCAGCCAUCCUGGGUGAUCUAGUCGUCUCUCUUACACGCCGCAUCUUCCUCCAAGCCGCCGCCAACAGCAACCCAGAUGUGCCCUCAUGGUCAUACCUCGCAAGCUACGAUUACGGCACGCCCAUUUUAGGAACAUUCCACGGGUCUGACCUUUUGCAAGUCUUUUACGGUCUUUUGCCCAACAACGCUAUGCGGAGCGUCCGGACGUACUACUUCAACUUUGUAUACAACCUUGAUCCCAACAAGGGCGUUACCAAGUACGCCAAGUGGCCCGAGUGGAAGGAGAGCAAGAAGCUCAUGUGGUUUGAGACGGCGAAUAAGAACAGCAUUAUCAACGAUGACUUUAGACAGAAUUCGUAUGAGUUUAUUGCGGCGAAUGCCGGUGCUUUGGUGGUAUAA